CCGGAAGGACUUUACUAUCCGAGCAUCCGUCUUCCGGUCAUGGGCAACAUGGUUGUAGUGGUGUAGCUGUGUCCAUCUGCCUGCUUAUUCGAUUCUAUUGAAAAAUCCUUGUGUCUAUUUGACAGCUGUAUUGACAUCGUAUAAUAUAUUUAUCAAGCAAUCCAGAAGGCAAAAUGAAUAUACGCAACGCACGGCCAGAGGAUCUGAUGAACAUGCAGCACUGCAACCUGCUGUGUCUUCCAGAGAACUAUCAGAUGAAGUACUACUUCUACCACGGCCUGUCCUGGCCACAGCUGUCGUACAUAGCAGAGGAUGAGAAUGGGAAGAUAGUGGGAUAUGUUUUGGCUAAAAUGGAGGAGGAUCCUGACGAUGUGCCUCAUGGACACAUUACAUCACUGGCAGUUAAACGCUCUCACAGGCGUCUUGGACUGGCUCAAAAACUGAUGGAUCAAGCCAGCAGAGCCAUGAUUGAGAACUUCAAUGCCAAAUAUGUCUCUUUACAUGUCAGGAAGAGUAACCGGGCCGCUCUUCACUUGUACUCAAACACACUUAAGUUUCAGAUUAGUGAAGUGGAGCCCAAAUAUUAUGCAGAUGGAGAAGAUGCUUAUGCCAUGAAGAGGAAUCUCACACAGAUGGCAGAUGAGUUGCAGAAACCAGGUGUUCGUCUGUGGGGCUCAGAGGUUCCACCAUCUCAGGACACAUCUGUUACUGGCCUGGUGGAGAAGCUGACGGUGCAGGAUGGAGAGAAGGAGGUAGAUGGAGACAGCGGAGGAGAGAGUAAAGAAAUGAGUGAGGUCAGCGAGGCCACGGAGAGCACAGACGUCAAAGACUCCUCGUCGGACUCUUAACUCACAUCUCCCUGUGUUCACACCCAUCAUAUAGGUUUCAAAUCGGUUUACAGUGUUUAUAUGCUCUGAUGAUUUUAUUUUCAAAAUACAAGUAACUGACCUUGUAUAAGCCGUUCACAGCUAUGAAAUUAUUUGUGAGGAGAUUUGUCAAUAAAAUUGAAGA